AUGGCGGUUGCAGUAGAGAGUGCCUUCUUGGAUGCCCUCUCCUUCAAUGCAAUCCAAACCUUCGAAGAACAGGAAAAAGAGGUGGACAAGGCGACCUUGAUAGCGAUCGCCGACAUAUUUGUCAGGCACAGCAUGCAUAAGAAGCUAGGAGCCGGGCUCCUCCAUCGCCACGACGCACUCCAAGACGGAGUUGUGAUGUUCCACGAGGUUCAAUCCCGAGAAUCUGAUAUCUGCGUCCCAAAGGCUCUUUCGAGCAUAGACAUGGACAAGAUCGCGCCGAACUCGUGGUUCCUCAACCAAAACGGACUGUUCCAGGCAUUUGAGUACAAUGCCAGCGGCGAGGCAACUCGUAUCAACGCAGCUUUCGCUUCAGACCUUGCCGGGUUUCUCAAAGCUCACAACCUAGAGAAACGGAUCUCAAUCAUCCCGAGCCCUGCAGACAGGGAAGACUUCAUUGAGUUUACACAUCCCAGUGGACGCGGCACCGUCAGUGUCCCUCUUCGCCUUAUCUCCGAACAAGAGAUUGAAACGAGUGAACCUGUCAUCACUGGGUGGAGCUUCCAUGUCAAUGAGCAUGGGGUUGUUGAGUGCAAAGGAAACAACGUUUGUUCCCCUAUGAACUCUGGCAAUCACAAAGUGUUUACGGACUCGAAGCCCUAUACGGAGCAUGAAGUCAAGGUUAUGCCGCAGUUGGAUGCUGAUGAAGAGUCUUGA